GGAGUGACUAGCAGAGGGAGACCGCGGUUUGGGCACCGAGAGGGACCUUCGCAGCCCAGGAUCCUCCCCCAGCCCCGAACCCUCUCCUAGUUUCCGGCAGCUUGCCGGGAGAGUAGCAACUCUCAAGGAAAGGAUUCGAACGCCAGAGUUGGCCGCCGGCUUUCUCUGGGUCCCAGGCGCCUUUGGCAGGGUUUGGGACAGCGGGAUGAGGAGGACCCGAUGGCAGCUAGCGGGACCUAGCAUUGGGAGAAUUCAGGACUGGGCAGAGGAGCCUCGAGGUCCCUAGCAGAGGGAAGCAGGGCCUCGCUCCCCGCACAGCCAUGUGGCCAACACAGCUCCUGAGCGCCCUCUGCCUCCUGGCGGUGGCCGGGGCAGCCGAAGUCAAGAAGCCGGCCGCGGCGGGGAAGAGCGGGGAGGCGAAGCUGAGCGAGAAGGCCAGCACGCUGGCGGAGAGGAGCGCCGGUCUGGCCUUCAACCUCUACCGCGUCAUGGCCCAGGACAAGGGGGUGGAGAACAUCUUGCUGUCCCCGGUGGUCGUGGCCUCGUCCCUGGGACUGGUGUCUCUGGGCGGGAAGGCGACCACAGCCUCUCAGGCCAAGGCGGUGCUGAGCGCCGACAAGCUGCGCGACGACGACGUGCACACCGGCCUGGCCGAGCUCCUCGCAUCCGUUAGCAACAACACCGCGCGCAACGUCACGUGGAAGCUGGGCAGCCGCCUGUAUGGGCCCAGCUCGGUCAGCUUUGCGGAGGACUUCGUCCAGAGCAGCAAGAAACACUACAAUUAUGAGCACUCCAAGAUCAACUUCCGGGACAAGCGGAGCGCCCUGCAGUCCAUCAACGAAUGGGCCUCCCAGACGACGGACGGCAAGCUGCCCGAGGUCACCAAGGACGUGGAGAAGACCGAUGGCGCCCUCAUCGUCAAUGCCAUGUUCUUCAAGCCCCACUGGGAUGAAAGAUUCCACCAUAAAAUGGUCGACAACCGAGGUUUCAUGGUGACCCGCUCUUAUACCGUUGGCGUGCCCAUGAUGCACCGCACAGGUCUCUACAACUACUAUGAUGAUGAGACUGAAAAACUCCAGAUGGUUGAGAUGCCCUUAGCCCAUAAGCUCUCAAGCCUCAUCAUCAUUAUGCCUCACCACGUGGAACCCCUGGAAAGGCUAGAAAAGCUCCUGACCAAAGAGCAGCUCAAGACCUGGCUGGGCAAGAUGAAGAAGAGGGCUGUGGCCAUCUCCCUGCCCAAGGGAGUCGUGGAGGUGACUCAUGACCUCCAGAAGCACCUGGCCGGCUUGGGCCUCACGGAGGCCAUGGACAAGAACAAGGCGGACCUGUCUCGGAUGUCGGGCAAGAAGGACCUGUACCUGGCCAGUGUCUUCCAUGCCACCGCCUUCGAGUGGGACACAGAGGGCAACCCCUUUGACCAGGACAUCUACGGGCGGGAGGAGCUGCGGAGCCCCAAGCUCUUCUAUGCUGACCACCCCUUCAUCUUCCUGGUCCAGGACGCCCAGAGCGGCUCCCUGCUCUUCAUUGGCCGCCUGGUCCGGCCCAAGGGCGACAAGAUGCGAGAUGAGCUCUAGGCCCCCAGAGGGCGGGGGAGGGGGGUGGGGGGAGGGGGGAGACAGGGGUGGGCAGAACUCAAUGGGUGCUACUCGGGUGCUAAUAGGGUGGGGCCAGGCCAGGUGGGGGCUCAGGAGUGGCGCGGUACCGGCAGGGGCCUCUCGAUUCAGGUAGCGGACCUCACCUCUCCACUGUUCCCUGGAGUUUCAGGAAAGGGGGCUGGCUUUUCCAGUGCCCCGGACCGUCCCUCCGGAUAUUAGGGGCGUGCUGCUGAGGGGGGGUGGGUGGAUGACAGGUCCUCUGGGGUUUGGGCUGGGAGUCUGAGAGAGGUGGGCUUUGAUUGCCACCUCAUGUUAACCUGGGCAGGGAAGCAUCCUGGUGCUUUCCCCCCAAAGACUUCCCCCCCUCCCCAGGUCCCCUAGCUGUCUCCUUUAGAGUCCAUUCCAUCCCUGCUGGGCACGGUAUUACUAAAAAUCAUUUCCGUGUCUCUCUCUGAGCUGGAAGAGCCUGAGACAUCUGCUCUCUACCCCUGCCCCCAUUAUACGGAUGGAGAAACUGAGGCGGGACUGGCCCACUCUCACAUAGUUAGAGGCAAAGCCAAGAUUAGAACCCAGAUCUCAUCUCUACCCAGCUGCCUCUGCUCUUCAGUAUUAAAGUCUGCUGUGGGGGGAACCCUCCCCAGCCCUGAGCAGGGACCAGAAACGUAGACCUCCCGGGCCCCGAGACUUAUCCCAUUCCCCAAACCAUAUUCGAUGAUCCAGUGCCCGAGUGCCUCGCUGGGCCCAGAAUAAAAAAGUGCCAAAGAGUAAACCGAGAGACUCCUAGAAGUCACCGAGGCCGCCCUGCCACUCCGGAGGAGAGAGAUGGGGCGGCAGCAUGGCCAGCUCCGGGCCUGGACUGCCACCGAGCCGCCCUGAGCCCGCGCCUGCAUUUGGCCCCUCCUCCCACUGCCCCUCGGGCGGGGCCCCAACCUUGCACUGUGAGCCUCCGGGCCGGCGGGAGGACGGGCGGAGAGCGAGGAGACGGGAGGGGAAGGAAUUUGUGCGCGGCACGUGCCCGCGUGGUCCGCGCAGCUUUACUUUCUCAAAAGGAGUCUUUUCAAAGAGGGGGUGGGGAGGGGAGGGGUGGGGAGAAAAUGAGCCCUUGGAUCUGCCAAAGCAAGGGCCGGUUCCUAAGAUUUUUUUUUCAAUCAAAUGUGUUUUGCAAUAAAAUGUGGUUGUUUUUUUCAAUGAAAA